AUGGUGUCAAAGCAAAACAAGAAAGGUGAACACACCUACACACAGGUAGAGAGGAAACGACACAUUGGGAACGACAUCGUCAACAUCGUAUUCCUGGACGGCACCGUCGACGACAUGGCCAACUUCUCACCUUCAUUCAUCAAGUCCCAGUUUACUCAUGUGUUCGCCUUGGUGUCGUACCUGCCGGAGGAGGAUGCCUACCGCCUUCAGGUGUACUCUGAGGAGACCGUGCCUCUCUUUGGGCCCUCCCUGCCCUGCCCGCCAGUCUUCUACAACCAGGAAGAGUUCCGGGAGUUCCUUCUUGUAAAGCUGAUCAACGGUGAGAAGGCCACCUUCAACACCCCGAUCUUCUCCCAGAAGAGAGAGCGGACGCUGGACAUGCUCAUCAAGGACUUGUAUCAGGAGCACAUCAACGACAACAGAGGGACGAUGUUGAACCGUCGAGCCUUCAGUGACGUGCUCCCAGAUCCUCCUAGAUCUUCAAGAAGAAAGGAAGAAGCCAGACAGGUGGAGUUCGUGAGGUUCGGGCAGGCCCUGAAGCUGGACACGAUCGUGAAGGGGGACGCACCCACCUCCUUGGCCACCACUGGACUCUUCAAGCGCACGCUAACAGAGGGCUCUAAUGGUUCCCCUUCCAGUUCCACCACAGCUCUUCACGCAAGGCCAUGGGAGCCUCAGUGCUGUUAUCCGGAUUUCCCCUUCGAGGUGGUGUGUGGAGACUCUUGGGGGGAGAACCGCCUGCUUUUGGCCACCAUUGAGGGAGUCUUCCUCGUCGAGGAGGGUGUUGCGCACCGGCUGAUCUUCGACAAGAGUGUGCAAGUCAAACAGCUAAGCGUCGUCGAGGCCCACGGGAUUCUUCUCCUGAGAGCUGAUAAAGGACGUGACGGCAAGAUUCACGUGUUCCGCUUAUCUGACUUUGAGGGUGACGAGGAGCGGGUCAAGGUGAAGGUGGACCUCAAGGAUCACCGCCUCGAGAGAACGAAAGGAUGCCACCUCUACGCCAUCUCCAGACCAGGAGGAUCACACCUCAGAACGGUGGUGGCAGUGGGCCGGAAGCUGCUCAUUCUCCAGUGGCGCCACUCGGCGGCCUGGACGGCCUGGUGUCCCGCCUCCGACACCGACACUGUCGACGGAUUCCAGUUUAUUAGGGAGGUGUCGGUGUGCGAGGCUCCCAGCAUCAUCACCCUGGUCGACUCCCCUCUCGUGUCUUCGGCUGGCGGCCUCACCGAUAACAAGAUCUGUAUUGGUUACAAGCACCAGUGGGACCUGGUCAGCGAGAGGACGGGCGAAGUCACCAAGCUACACCACGUCGAGGCCUCCAAGGUGAACCUCGUGGCCGCACUUGACAUUUACGAAGACGACGAAGCCGAGCUCCUCCUGUGCUACAACAACACUUGCCAUUUCCAGAAACUAACAGAGGACUGUUCUAAUGAGUUCGACUUCCAGUGGAACUCUGUACCAGAAGCCAUUGUGUGUGCCUUCCCCUACAUUCUUGCCUUCACUCAGGAUAGUAUAGAGAUCAGACUCAUCAUCAACGGCAACUUGGUGCAAACUAUGGUCAUGCCCCGCCUGGCCUUCAUCACUUCCAAGAGUGACAUCUUCUUUGCCACCACCGCCCCAGAGUUCUUCACACUCAAGAGGGAGAGAGUGAGAGUGGAUCGCAUGGAGAGGGACCCCAGCCUUUCCCCUCCCCCUUCCCCACACAGCAAGGAGUGCACAGUGAUGGACAAAGACGCAGUGAAGCCCUUCCGGGUUUACCGCAUCCCCUUCAGAUGUCUGACGGGCGCCAGCACCUGUGAGCGCAGGUGUCCCACGCCCUCUACUCCCCUCCACCCCCCUGUCCUCGGUGCCACCGACGGCUGCAGCACCGGCGGCGCUGGAGACGACACCGGCGGUGGCGGGAGAGCGGGGAUGCAUCUCCGGGUGUCGGACCAGCGGUACGCUAGUCGGUCGUGCACGGCGUCCCCGACGCAUCAACCGUCACCACCGAACCCUUUCUCCGGGGGCACGCCAUCCCCAGGAUCGUCCCCACUAGUCACCAUCCCCCCAGGAUCACCGUCCCACCAUCCGCCCUACCAAAAGCCCAGAGAUCGAACCAACUCCCUCACUGUCGACUCCGCCAGCAACCUCCUACACCAUCACCAUCACGGGCGUCCCAACCUCCUGCUACACCACCACCAUCAUCACCACCACCGCCACCACCAGCAGCACCACCCACCCGUCAAGUGAGGGAGGCACCAGCAGCGUCACCGUCGCCUCUAGCGCCAUGCAGCCUCCGCGUGCAGCACAACGCCGCCAGCUGUUCAACCAUUGUCGCUGAAGUCUUGAAGGAUAAAGAAUCCCCCCCCCUUCCCACUCCCGCAGCCAAACUAUCCCUUCGCUGCUGAUCAUUAUCCGUUUUCGAUCCCACCGAGACUAGCCCGCCUUGCCUCUCCUAAAGUAAUCUACAAUCCUCCUACGACCCCAUAAUACCGUCAACACACACACACUUACAGCUAGCCUUCCACUUGUCCUGCCCGGCUGACCACCACUCUAGCAUCCAGCCUUUUCUCACUCACGAUCCAUGUAUCAAGUCAUUCCGAAAUGUGAUAAUCUAAAGAUGGCUUCGCCUCCUCCCCCCCCCCCAACAAAACCACACAUCUCCCCCACCCCGAUCCCCGUCCCCCUGCGUCCCACCCAAUGUCUAAAAACAAAACAAAAAAACACAUUGCAAACGUCUAUUACCUGCCACUGAUUCUAUUAUCAGUAUAUCAACGUCCUUCUUCAUCAAUGACCAAUUAUCACCAUUCACUGUCCACCAUCAGCUCCAUCAACAUUCACUUUGCUUCACUAAGCCGUUAUCUGGCGUCAUAACCCCUGACAUCACUCCAUUUACCAGUAAGCUGACGUCAAUCUGCCUUCAGCACGGCUUUUAAGAAUCUACUGACAGGACUAUCAUGCAUUAUUUUUGUCUCGAAAUUUUGGGUGGAAACUGCAUAUAAAAGUUAAAAAUGUUCAUGCGUAUACACACACCUUAAGAAAAGUUAUUAAGAAUGUUCAACACACGAGAAAACAUUCAAAUGCACCCAUGGAGACACUCACGUAUACAAACGCAUGGACACACACAUAAGCAUAUACGAACAUUAUGAUUCUUUUCCUGCAAGCAUUCGACACAUAACUCAUUAAUCUGUAAACAAAUAUAUAUAUGAAUGCUUUUCUAAUUUCCUUCUCUUUAAAUAUGUACAUUUGAUAUAUCUCUUUUUAAAAGAGCAUCCUCUGCCUUGAGGAGUGUGCCUAUGCAUCGUCCCCCGCAGUAUUACAUGUACUUAUACUUGUGGGUACACAUUUGUGUACCCCCUUUGUAACGUUGUGACCGGUGUCAGUAAUUCUAGCAUACAUGUAGUGUCUUUUCUACUCGCUUCGUUUGUGACCCUCCCUCAUACUUUCCAUCUCUCACCCCCCCUUCCCUCCUUCCUCCCACCCACGCCUAGGAAAAUUCAUGACCUAAUUUUUGCGUUCUCAAAAUCCAACUUUCCAUUCCCUCUUCCCAGCCCCAUUCUCUCUCUCUCUCUCUCUCUCUCUCUCUCUCUCUCUCUCUCUCUCUCUCUCUCUCUCUCUCUCUCUCUCUCUCCCUCUCCGGUUCCCUCGUGUUUGUCUCCCAUUCCACUGUGCCUACCAUCACAAACAAAACUGGUUGGCAAUAGCUUCAUCUUCAUUUUAAAAAAACACCGCAUCAGCCUUCCAGAAUUUCUUUAUUGGAUGUUCCCAACGCGAAAUCUUUUGGCUGCAAGAAAGCCUCUGCCUCAUCUCAUGUGCCUCUACUCCUGUUUCAGUCUCCUCCAACUCAUUUCAGUCUCUUCCUUAGAGCACAUCGUCAUUCCCUGUAAACUGUCCCACAGCUUGUCUUCCAUCUUCGCCUGUCUCUCAUCCUUCUGUCUCAUCUACUGCCUUACAACUCACACAGCCUAUCAAUAACAUGUCUAAAUGUAGCUACCAGCAGUGGAAGUCUUGAAAGGUUUCAACUACUACCUACAGGUUCCUGAACCACCACCAUGAACUCACACACAGAAAUUCUCCACUGCCAAAGCCUAUACCAACAAAGCUGCCUUGGCAUACAAAGGUCCAUAAAGCUCUAUCUACCUUCACUGACACCAAUACUAUUAUCCACUUAAAAAUGCAAAAAAAUGUAAGCACCACAUAACAAAAAUUCUAAUUAUAUUGUUCUCUGAAUUUUAUAGAAACAUAAUAGCAGUUUCCAUAACAAAAACCAGCAGAUUCAAACACUAGCUUCUCUAGUCGAAGCCUGGACACUACAUAUAUUCCGAAACUAACUGUCCAAAAAUCUCGAGCUUAGUUUAAAGUUAAAAAUUUCCUAAUAUGCAGACAUAAGCUAUUCCACCUACAAAGUUCAAAAUAUAAAAAAAAAUUUGCAGUCAUCCUUUAUGAUAGAACACACUAGCCAAAAUCCCAGUAAUCCUUGCAGCUAUCAGAGGAUGUAGAUAGAGGCAACCCAUAUUCAUUUAAACUAAUCGGAAACAAGAGAUGUUAUUUUUAGCAAAUAGAAAUAUAACUUACGUUCAGAGAUGAUGGAACACAGAACAUUGAUAAUGUCCUUCACUAAAAUUUGAAACUAGUAUCGUGGUAUUUAAUCACACCUUUUAUAUUAAAUCGGUAUUUGCCAUUUACGCCAAUUUAACAGCAGUAUUAGAGAUUUUGACGAAUAUAAGACAGUAUUAAUGACCGUGACGAAUAUAAGAGAAGUAUUAGUGGGUUUGACGCCAUCAAAUGUUAAUGGAAAUCAUAUCCGCUAUUCUUAUAAUUGCUGUUUCUGAGCGGUGGAGAUUAGAUGUGUUUGCCAUUGCUAACCUUCCUGGUUCGUGUCAUUUAGUAUGUAACAGCUAUGACAAGUUAUCUUGCAAGAACAACUAAAUUUCUUACCACAAAUCUUGUAGUAUCUGAUGUCUUUAAAUUGCCAAGAAAUGUUGCUAAUUUUCAGGUCUCAAAGAUAUUUAGAAGCAAAAUUUAAAUUAAAUAAAAGGCAGGAAAAUAUUAUUUUUCUCACAAAAUUAAAGCGAUUAGUUACAGCAUGGAUUUUAACAUUUAAAUAACUAGCAGUCGGUCUGUCCUAGAUACUGUAAUUUCAAUUAAUUAUGGUAUCUCAUGAAUUCUUAGAUCAUGGUAAUUUGUAUUACCUUAGACCCUUUCUCAAUAACUUCCCAAAAUUCUUUAGAUUAUAAAAGGUUUUCUUAAUGUUUACCUAUUUUACCUUAAGACACAUCAUAUACCUAGUAACAACCUCUCAUAAUGACUCAAACUAUCAAUUAAAGCUCUGGAAACGUCCUUCUACAAGCUGGUAACCCUUUUUGUUCUCAAGAUAUUCGCUCCAGUCAUUUUAGAAAGCUUUUGCUAUCCUAUUAAUAACCUUCCUCGAUUGUCCUCUAGAUGUCUAUCCUCAUAUAUCUAGGAAUAUGUUCUAGUUACAAGCCUAUUUAAGAGAAUUUGUAAACGUAGACAAAUUAAAACAUUGAUAAUUUUUCCACUGUGUGAGAAGAAACUUAUCAAUAUUAUUUAAACAAUUGUAAACCGUGCUUUGCAUUUAUGAGCAAAUAUCAUGAAACUUGCAAGUAUUAGAGUACCGAGAGGUUUAACAAAUGAAUUAAUGCCAUUUAUGCAAUAACCCCGUGUUCCAGGCUUUGUGAGACCUUAUUAGUAAGGUUUCACUGAUAAAAUUUUUGCUAAGCUUUUGCUACUUCAUUUGCAUAUCAUUUCAGACAUAUCCCUGCAUACUCCAAGCAUGGUGUUCAGUACUGUUUCCACUGUUACGAAAGGCAAAUUUGAACCUUCAGUUGAGAACAAUGAAAGGUCUGAACUCACAAACAAAAUGGCCUUAUACUUUGAAAGUGUCGUUUAAGCCCCUCAAAGACGUGACUUAGGGAAUGCAGAGUACUUGUUAUGACCCAGGGAAAGCAAUCAAGGUGUGUUUAGGUUAGCGUGACAUGCGCUGGAACAUUAAAUGGCGUUUCAAUCGAGCAGUGGGGGGUUCUUAAACUUGAAUUAUGAUCAUUACUUCUUGGAACAAUUGUUGAAACACACCACAAGGGUGUUUGAACACGGGCAGAAAUUAAAUGAACCUAAGAACUCUCUCUAAGAGUAUUAUUGGGUAUACAAAAACAACAGUUUCUCUUCCUCCAGAAGAACCGUUUUAAUGCUUCUAAAAAAAUAAAGAAAUGGCCAAAAGACACGUGCUGACGUCAGCAUCGAAAAUAUACAACCCACCUAAAAGUCACGGCUCUUGGCCACAUGGGACUGGUGUCUUUAACCCGUGAAUCAUAUAAUGUACUGUACUUUAUUUCCUACAACACCUGGUGUUUGAAUAUCCAACAAGACUUUAUAAUUUACAAAUGCCAAAAUGCGUGUUUAAAUCGUCAGAGCAAAAUCCUCAACCUCUUACAAAGCAAGAUGUCCACAUCUGUAGAGACAAAAUUGAAAAUUUAGGUUAUGCUACCUGUACAUUUAUUCUAUUUCCGUGUUCCCAUCCAAGUCUUUUUCGAUUAAAGUACCGUAUAUAAAUUUUUGUUAUGCAGAUACUUUUCUGGUGACAAUAUAGAAGGGUUUUCCCUGGCCUGUAUGGGUAUGAAGUGGUCCAUCUAAUGUAUUACUAACAUAUAAUUACAUGAUUUCAUUAUAAUCAAUUGUAUGGCGAUUUGAUUGAUGCCAUUUCCUAGAUAACAUGCGAUAACAAUCAGGAAACGAGAAGUAUGGCAUUAAAAUCUAAGGUUUUCUAUUUUGUUAGUACAUAUUUUCACUACUAAUACUGUUGGAACCUAAUAUUAAAUUAAAAUAUAACUGUCCCUAUUAAAAAUAAAUGCUUCAUUGUAAACAGAAGAAGCAUGAACUCGAUACUCAUUGCUAAUAUACAUUCCACAAUGGCUCCAUUUGUUCCGUACUCAAGCGUUCAAUAGCUCUCAAUCCCAUAGCAACAACUUCCAAUUCCAACCUUUCUUCUCAUAACUGUAUACUCGAGCUUGUUGCUAGCACAUGUUUUUCAAAGUAUUCCAAUCUAUAGCCAGUAUCAGUUUUGUUGUUUAAAUUGACGAGUUUUUCCUGCAACCUGAAUUUGUUUUUGUUUUUUAAUAAAAAGGUCAAUAAUGUUCUUUAAAUUUUGUCUCACGAAACGCUGGAGAAGAUUAUUUUUUUUAUUAUUGGAUACAUAUCUACAAGAACGUGUCAAAGGAAAUCUUAGAUCUUAAGAAAUCCCAAAUGUGUUACAAGAAUGUUGCGGUUAAACGUUAGUAUGUGAAAUCCGUUGUUUUCCCUGAUCAGACUUAUAAGUACUGACUUUCCCCCAAAGAUUAGCAUUUUCCCCGUGGAACUUUAUGCGAUUGUAUGUGCUCUAUACCAGCUGCUGUUUGGCGCAUGCGUUCAUUUGAUACAUUUGCGUUCAUUUGGUCGACACUCAAUGCCCUCAUACCUCUAUUCUUUUAACUCUUCCCAUCCUGUCGUGGUCGAAAUCCCAUACUGGCUCUACCUCAUCUUUAGCAAGUUUAAGACAGUCGAAUUUCUCUUGGUUACCCAGCCAUACUGGCAUUACGUCUACCGAGCUUGCAGACGAUUCCGUUACUGAGGAGGCCAUUCGUGUUUGUCCCGUCUCCCAAGAUAGGAUUCCUUACUCGGAUUUCUAACCAUUCAUAAUGCAGUCCAUUGGCAAGAGAGAUGAUCAGGUAUUAUGAGUAACAAACUAUUAAAUGUGACAUACAUUUAUAUAUAUAUAUAUAUAUAUAUCUCCCCGCCCCCUUGACUUUCCUUCUACCAUCGUAAUACGUAGGAAAACUCUAGCUAGUCUGCGUACUAACCAAGCACUUUCAACUCAUGUCGGAACCUCAUACCUUUGACUUGCCCUCGUAUUGGGAACCUGAAUGAUGUUUACAUCCUUUGGAUUAUUCUGUGACACGGACAGACGGUGCUAAACAGUUUCCCGCCUCGGUACAGUCAUUUGCAGACAGCAAGUCACAAUAACAUGACUGAAAAUUAAGUAACGACGUUUCAGUCCGUCCUGAUAAUGGUCCAGGAUGGACCGAAAAGCCGUCACUUCUUUUAUUUCCUGAUGUGUGGACCGGGUAUAACUUAAUUUAUUUGGAUUUUGUUAGCUAAUCUUUUGUAAAUUAUACAUAUAUGUUUCAUAUAUAGGGUAGUAAAUCUAAUCUUAUUAAUAAGUCUCGAUAUAAAUCUUAAUUUGAAUCUCCGGUAAAUGCGAAAUCCAGCUUCCCGAAAAUGCUUAAUAUAUAAUUAAAUUUCUUCACCCCUCGUUAUGCUACCUAACCUUUUUAAACACGUAAAUACAAAGCCGAUACUAUAGUCACUACUCCAAUAUUCUUAAGUCUUACAGUACCCUUUUUAGCUAAAUAUAAUCUACCUUUGGUCAACGGUAACAAACGUCGUCAGUUUCUAUUCUUUGGCCAAGUCAUGAUAGUUAUCCAUCUCUCUACUUCUCUUUGACCAUUUAUUUUACCUGUUCGCAAAGCUCUAUCAAUCCCAUAUGCUGCUGCAAAACACAACUGUAAGGAGGAGGAGGAGGAGGAGAAUGUGAUGUUAAGAAAAAAUGCCAAGCCACAGAUAAAUGGUAGGCCCUCCAUGUGACGUAGAAGUCGAGUAUUAUAGUUCAGAACUGACGAACCACAUCUUGGGAAAACAAUUCAGUAUCGGCGGUUCAAAAUGUGUAAGCCAUUCCCUGGUCACACUUGUCCAGGCGGCAACCAACCACAGAGACACAUUCAGCAACUUGAAGGCACUUUGUAAUGAAAACUGUAUUUUUUUAAUGUAAAUUUACAUUUUAUAUGUAUAAUAAUUUUGCCAAUAGUUAGGUCUAGCAUGUUUGGUUUGGUACUUUUGUUUCGUUUGCAAAUACUGUGGAGAUUUACAGAAGUGGGAUUCAAAUCUUGGAAGCGAGUCAAGCACUGUUCUGCAAAAGUUCGAACAUGAUCAGUUGUGAGUUAUGUGUAAAGUCUUUUUUUAUUAUUAAUAGAAGCAGCCUAUCCUAAUUAACAACGGCCAAAUGCUCGUCAACCUUGCCUCCAACCCCAAUUAUGAAUUAAAAACUCUUAUUACACUACUGACACCUGAUGACAUUCGAACUUUUCUUGAACAGAACUUUGCUCACGACCUCCGUUCGAAUCACACUGUAGUUAGUGCUUCCCACACGUACAACAAACAAUCUCCAACGGAUCAUAACAUAAUCUAGCUUUAUCUAUAACCAAAAAUCUGACAUAUAAUAUUAAUUUAUAUUUUGGAAAAUGUCAGUUUUGAAUACACAGUUAAGUUUUAUUUUUUUGGGGGGGUAGGGAGGAGGGGGGGUUCGGCCCCAGCAGCAGCUUGGAUGAGUAUGGCCUGAGGUCUGGUUGCAUAAACGGGGGUUUAGUUGCUGAAUUAAUAAGCAUUUGGCCAUUGUUUAUGAGGACGUGUAGAUUGUGUUCGACUGUUCUUGGGUCGCAGUUGGCAUACGUAAGGCAGAUUGCCGCCGCCAUCAAGAGUACCUCCAGUCUGUGAGCUUACGGCUGCAGAUCUCUGAAAGAGAUGCUGCCGUGUGGUCUGCUGCAAGCUAAUGACUUGUCUGUCGUUCUGGAAUUUACUGUUGGCUCGUGGUUCCAGAUAAUGGUUCAUUACCAGUUUGUGGUUCAUUCACCGCUUGUGGAUUUACUGCUAGUUUGUAGUUCCCCACCAGUUCGUGGAUAAUAAUCAUUCCACUCGAUUUCGUGGAUAAUAAUCAUUCCACUCAAUUUCGUGGAUAAUAAUCAUUCCACUCAAUUUCGUGGAUAAUAAUCAUUCCACUCAAUUAAAAACACACACACAACUAUGUGAUAAUCUAAUUUUAUUUUCCGGAAGUUUAUAUUUGAAAAAUAAGGAAAGUAGCCGUGAACAGACGUAGUAUUUGAUGCAUUUUUGUAGAAAGUAGAUUAGGUAGAUUCAGUCAAUGUACUAACUCCACUCCACCCACAAAAUGCCUCCUUCCCUUGCCCUCCCAGUUUCCUCUCCCGUUAAUUGUAUCAAUACUGGAGUUAAUUGUGGCAAGACAAUCUAAAUGUUGAUAAGUUAAUUUAGAAUCAUGCCGUAGAGUAUAUGUACAUAUCGGCGCUGCUGCCAAAAUGACGCCUCGAAUAUUAUAACUAUAUACAAAAAACAUCCUGUACCUUAUUAACUAUUGUGACAUAUAAACACGUGAUACACACACACACACACACACACACACACACACACACACACACACACACACACACACACACACACAAACACACACAGUACGGCAUACUUAAGAAGUUAUGAGCCUUCGACACUGGGAACUGGCCUAAGACGAAGCCGAUACAUCCAACAUUGUGAAGUUAAUUACGAAUCUGAGUAUUCGCACGUUUCACCAAGAAGUUAACGGAAGGUUAAACCGUGUGUCGCAAGAUCAUACCUCUAAAGAAGUUCGCGCUGUCGUUGGAUCAGAACCGCGAGUGAAAACACGUGUCAAGAGUAAGGUUCUCUCUUGUCUCGUAUUAGGUCGCUAAUGCAGAAUGGAACCCAACCGCCGCUGUGGUUCCCGCGCGAUACUUAACACCUUCAAGACAGUAAAGUUGAAACGCCAAAUCGGGAGAAGACUAUUUAUAUACCAUUGGACUCUGGUACCUUGUUUUUUUGUUUUAAGAGCACAAGUUAGAAUAUACACACGAUUAGCGAGAGCAGGAGAGGUUAGUGGAGAGACGAGUUGAUGGGUAGAUUUAGUUGGAGUAACGUGCGGGGGUGUUAUAAGGAAAUCACACUUUGAAGCUGAGUUAGAUCAGAUGUUAUGGGGAAACUGCUCUAGUUUUGUGUUGGUAAAUGACAGUGACUUCCAGGCUCCGGCGCCUGGGUAAAUAGCGUCAGGCUUGGUCAAAAUUAACGGUGUCUAAAGCAGGAAUCGUUGGACAAGACACCAUCACCAUCUGCCUCUUCAACAGGGAGGGCCCCAAACCUCUUGAAAAAUGCUCUCUGCUUUUUGUUUUACAGUAUUUCCGUUUUAAAAGCCUAACUACUACAUUGAGAUGCUAUAAUAGGUAUAAUGCUGCCUUGUUAUGAUAAUAUUAGUGAAGCAUUAUCAUAAUCUGAUGGUCUUCCUAGAGGUACACAGAGGGUUUUGUGACGUGUAGCUACAGAGCCAACCUCAGCCGUGUUAUGUUUUACAAGAGUAGGAAACAGAAUAAAAUUUGGUUAAGCCAUUGGAAACUUUUAUAAAUUGAUGUCGAUGUGUUAUGGUAGGAGUUUGAGGCUUCGAAGCGCACUGAAACCUUCGCCGCAUUAUUUACUAACAGAACAUUUUGUAUUCUCGGAGAAAAUUUAAACAACAGAGUGCAGUCGUGUGCAAAGCAUUUUAAAUAAAUAUUUGAGCACAGUGUCGUAUGUGUGUUGAAUAUAAAAAUGCAAGGAAGUAAGAAGUUGGAAAAUAGGAUGGACGGAGUUGAUAGUGUUCACUAGGAAGAAACGCAUCACCCACGGGAUGGGUAAGGGGUGCAUAAUAAAUAGAUUGAAUUGAAUUGACAGGGAAAAUAAGACCCGUCUCUAUAGCUGGUCUUACUCAAGCGCUGGUCGACCAAGUAACAUAAACAUGCGCCUUAGAUGUGUAUAUGUGAUGCCAAGCUCUACCAGUUUCUGCCUAGUCGAGUCCAAAAUAGUUUUGAAACACUGAAAAACUAAUUUUUGCGUUGAACAUUCACUUGACUUUAUUUGCCUUCGGUGAGUAACCAGUUAAAAGAACCAAUUCUUUAAAUAGCAUUUUAGAAUUAUAUGGGAACAAUUUAUAAUCAAAUGUAGUUUUGGAUACAAUUAGAAAUUUUUGUAAAACUGGUAUCUAAGGCAAAUUUAUAGCGAGUGAGUGUCCGAGCAAUCAACGGGAAACACUUCUGCCUUUGAUCUCUACUUUUGCCGAUACUCUCUUUGGUUCAACAAAUCUUUUAGGUGUUGUAACUCGACGUACCAAAUUAGGGACUGGCUAGUCAGAAAACAUUAUGAGUACCUUCUCCAUUCUACACGUGGCAUGGUUCUUUAUUUCCCCCUAAAUUAGAAGUAUUCACAUUACGUUAAAUCGAAAAUUAGGCACGUCAAAAAAAAGAUUAUUCUCAGAUUCAACAGUACUUCAGAGGUAAACUUUUUAAACAUUUACAUGCUUAUUUAAGGUAUACCAAAAAAGCCAUGUGACGUGUAGGAUGAUGUGGACUAUUGUUGUGAUAGAAGAUUCUAUGCCACAAAACUUGAAGGGUUAAGGACUAGAAUCUCCUCACACUAUAUGUCGCUCUAUCCCCCCAGUGUGUGGUCAAUGUAGCUAUUCCCUUCUAGCAGAAUAUUUUUGUGUAAUUCCGUAAGUGAUCCUCUCCAUGAAACAAAACUUGUUCAUGACCUCCCUUGAUAGUUCACCAGUGUCUGGUUAUGUCCAAGUUCGUUUAUUUGUUAACUGUUGGCCUAUGUCACCAUAUUCAAGCAGCCUGUGUCCGGUUAUUUGAAGUUCGAUCAUUAUUCCGGAUAUCUAAAGUUUGAUCGUCAGAAUUUCUCUUCCUGGAUGCCGUACAAUGUGAUAUUUAAGGGAUGAUUAGUGAUCUUAUGAACGGCACUGUGGUCUCCAGCUCUGACCAAUUAUCUAUUGUCUAGUCUCAGGUAUCUCGAAUCUCGCUACCUAUUUCGGUAUUAAAAGAUUAUAUACAUAUUCGAGGAUAUUACGUUUCUGAAACUAGACAGCAUUUUUGUUAGGAACAUUAUUUUCAUCAUAAUGAGCUCAGAGCUGAGAAUUAGUAAAAAAGCGAAUUAUUGACCUACAUAGGCGUUCACACUUCAACAUAAAUAAAUCUAUACAUAUAGUUUCAAAGUUUCAGUGCCCCCCUAAUUAAACAAAAGAAAUAUACAGUUGUUUGAAACGUUGCCCAGCUGACUGAAGAUUUUCUACCUAUUUAUUCUCGUUGAUAACAAAACUAAUACGUUAUUUAAAUUAUUAUUACGUAAGAAAUAAUUAUCCAAUUUCCUGUGCAUGUUUUACCAAUUAACAUCACAUGAUUUUAUAAUUGGAUAAGAACUGUGAUGAAGUUGUUUAUAAUUAAAUAGUUUAUCGACGAUGUAAUGUUAAUACUUAUAUACAGACUGUUGAUUUAUAAUGUAGUUUCUAUACAAAAUUAUAAAGACCUUUAUGAAGGUUUUACUUUACACAUACGAGUAAUUGGUAUGAAUAUAAUAACUCACGUCUUUUUAUCAUGUUAAACAUCAUCCAAAUUGUUAUACUAUGUUAUCAAUGUUACAAAUGCCAAACAUGAUCUAAGAUAACAGCUUGACACAAGCUGUCGCAGCAAUUGGCACAUGGUUUCUCGUAAACAAUGCUCAAUGAUUGGAAUGUUAGGAGUUUCACAUUAAUUUGUAAUAAUAGGUUUGAAAUACUGCAAUUAAUGACGGACGAAUUUUUAUAUUAUAUCCAGUUGCACACACACACACACACACACACAUAUAUAUAUUAUACGAAAUUGUGAUCGAUUUAUAUUAUUCAAAGAUAAAUUAUUGCACAUUGCAAAGUAAUCAUUUUUGCUUUGUGUGUGAGUAUAUUUACUGGCGCAAAGUGUUGCUUAAUUAUGUUAUGUUUGCUUAAUUUUUCUCUCAAUUUAUUUUAAGGUUUUUUGAUCGAGUUAUGCAAGUUAUAAUUACUUCAGUAUUAUUAUUAAAGUCACUAAACCCUGUUUGUAUAUAUAAUCUUCUAAAGGCUGUCUUACAAAAGUUACAUAUAACGAUGAGCCGUAUAAAGCUGGCUGAAGUGACAUGAAUGAUGUAAUAACUUAGAAAUCCUAAAAUGUCACUCAAAUGAUAAAGAACAGAUGCGUUAAAAGUUACAACUUGAAGAGUAUGGAAUCAUGACAAACUGUGUACUGUUGUUUCACAAAAGAACUGUUCUCCUUCCGUGGACUUUCCUUAUAGAUCUCGCUCUCACUUACUCUCACUCACUCUCACACGCCCUUAUGUGCUUGAAUUUGUAGCAUCUGCUGUAGUAAAUUUUGUAAUUAUAAAUAAUUCUGAAAACAAAGCAAAUGUGUUGAAUUUUUUAGUUUAAUAAUGUAUUAUAUAUAUAUAUGCUAUAAAAUGAAGAUGACAAUACCUAAGACUCAUUUAGCAGAUUAUUACUGCAUAUAUAUUUCGACAUGAAAUAUAAUAUUAAAAUAAUAACACUUUCCACGCCUUUAUUGCAUUAUGACAUUGGGCGAGUGUUCAAAUCAUAUUUGUAAUAGGAGUUUUAUGUAUAAAUAAUAUAUUAAAAUCUUCCAACCUUUAAGACUGCAUCAAGAGGAAGUUAUACUGAUUCUCGUGACAUUCUCGCUUGGGAUAUCUUAUGCAUUAAAAUUAUAAAAUGUUACACAGGUAUAUACAAUUAAUAUUAUAUAUAUAUAUAUAUAUAUAUAUAUAUAUAUAUAUAUAUAUAUAUAUAUAUAUAUAUAUAUAUAUAUAUAUAUUGCUUAUUUCUUGCAGGAUUUGAUACAACUGCAGAUAUUUUCGUUACCUAAAAUAACGUUGCAAACUAUUUAAAGAGAGUUAAAUAACAAGAGUUAAAUAAGUUAAAUAAAAAAAGAUAAAUUUAUUUAACCAGUCUUAAGAAAAUGAUAAAAGAAUUUCUACAAAUUUGUUUAAUUGUUGAAACUGAUUCACCUAUAACAAAAAAUUAAUAAAAUAGAUUCUUCUAUUUUAACAUGAUGUUAUUGGCUUUUAAAUGUUAAGUUAUAAGUUGUUUUGUAGUUAAAAAAAUGAUGUAGUUUAUGUUACAUAGUUUAACAAACAUGUCUGUACAUGUAAUAAAAGUUUUACAUUUAAACAUUAUGACAAAGUGCAAGAAAUAUUUGUUGUACAUUAGGAUGAAAUGCAAACAAUUGCCACAUUGAAAGAAUGUUGCAAAAAAUGUCAUCCUUGUAUUAAUUAAAAACUAAGUGUAUAUGGUAUAGAUCCAGACACAUGAGGCUGCCUCACACCAUACGCUUAAUUGUGUUAAGCGCACUUAAUUAAGUGAUAACACUUAAUCAUAAGUGUUGCUUCCUGGGAUGGAUUGUGGGUCUUGCGUAACGAAUAAUCACUUCGAAUCCAGCCCCGCUCCUGUGGUAGGUGAGCCUCUGCGGGCUCACCAUAGCCAGUGCUACUUGCAACUUUUUUGUUCCCCAGUAGCUUAAUCUAAAAACAACAACAAUAACAACAACUUCGAAGCCUCCCACCACAUCCCCUUCAGGGAGAAAAUAAUGGCUUAUGGAUUUUAGGAUAAGAAACGGUAAUGAUUUCUGAGUUAUUACAUUUGUAUUAUUAAUAACUAAUUUUUAAGUCUUAGAAGUACAUUACUUUUGACAGCCACCAUAUUUGGUUAUGUGAUGUCAUGAACAUGUUUGGUUAUGUGAUGUCAUGAACAUGUUUGGUUAUGUGAUGUCAUGAACAUGUUUGGUUAUGUGAUGUCAUGAACAUGUUUGGUUAUGUGAUGUCAUGAACAUGUUUGGUUAUGUGAUGUCAUGAACAUGUUUGGUUAUGUGAUGUCAUGAACAUGUUUGGUUAUGUGAUGUCAUGAAUUACAGUUUUGAGAACCAACUUUCCCAACUGAAGCCAUAAUUCACCUGGAGCGUCACUCAUAUAACUGAAUCAUAAUUAUUAACAUAAUUCUAUAACUUGUAUUAUACUGAGACCAUAGUAUAUACCUCUGUGGAUAUAAACAAAAAAAUAUAGAUAUUUAUCCUGGCUGUAAUCCAGUCUGUAAAAAGGAUUUGAUAUUUUACUGCUAUCACGGUAAUAAGAAAUCUGAUCGUAA